AUGCAGCUCCCACCAGAGUUGAGUGGUCAGCUCGUGAGAGUGAAGUCGGAACCACCUGAUUUUGCGUGCCCGCCAGGAGAGGGUCAGGUAGAGCAACAGCAGUGCAACGAGCCUUCACCAGGAGGUGAUGCUGAUGGAGUGACAUGUGGGAAGUGUCGCAUUAAAGAAGAACCUCGAGAGGACUCUUCGAAUGAACAUCCAAUCCUAGAAGUGAAGACAGAGCCUUACAAUGUUGCAAUCUUAACAGAGCUGGACCAUAUGGGACACAACUGUGAUUCAACAUCGGAAGGAGUGACAUGUGGGACGUGUCGCAUUAAAGAAGAACCUCGAGAGGAAUCUUCAAAUGAACAUCCAAUCAUAGAAGUGACGACGGAGCCUUAUAACAUUGCCGUCUUGACUGAACAGGACCAGAUGAGACAUGUCUGUUGCUCAACAGCCGAAGAUGCAAGAGACAGCACUGAUACGCUCCAUAUUAAGGACAAGCCCAGACGCACUUGUGAACAAGAAUACUCAGGUUACCCUUCUUCAUAUGCACAGUUCAAGAUCAGCACAACAACGGUUGAACUGCAGCUCGACAGCACUGCACUAGUCGCUACGAACGAUCGACACGCUGAGCAACAUAGGGACCAAAGCAAGCCGUGUGCACUUGCAUCCAUGUCGAAAGCCUGCCUCGAAUGCCACAUGUUUGCAGACUGUCACAACGAGUCUGAAAAGUGUUCCACUACUCCUCCAUCGGAUGUUCAGAUGGGAGGGAUGGGUUCUGGGUGCAACACCUGUCCCUCUGCAUUCUCGUGGUCUGCAGGAGACGAGAACCACAUGGCUUCAGAGUUCAGCAUGAGCCGGAACCUACAGCAGCACAAGAGGCCAUAUUCAUGCAAGAAGCCAUACAAGUGCGAUGUCUGCCCUGCGGAGUUCACAAGGAAUGCUCACCUGGAGCAGCACAAGCGGACACACACAGGCGAUAAGCCAUACAAGUGCAGUGUCUGCCCUGCUGAGUUCAGCCAGCGCGGGAACCUACAGCGUCACCAGUGCACACACACGGGCGAGAAGCCAUACAUGUGCAAUGUCUGCCAUGCAGAGUUCAUCCUGAUUGGGCACCUACAGCAGCACAAGCGGAGACACACGGGUGAGAAGCCAUACGAGUGUGAUGUCUGCCCUGCAGUGUUCAGCCACAGCGGGAGCCUACAGCAGCACAAGCGGACACACACUGGCGAGAAGCCAUACAAAUGCGAUGUUUGCCACACGGAGUUCAGCCAGAGCGGGAACCUACAGAAGCACAUGCGGACGCACACGGGCGAGAAGCCAUACAAGUGCGAUGUCUGCCAUGCAGAGUUCAGCCAGAGCGGUAACCUACAGCAGCACAUGCUGACGCACACAGGCGAGAAGCCAUACAAGUGCGAUGUCUGCCAUGCAGAGUUCAGCCAGAGCGGUAACCUACAGCAGCACAAGCGGACACACACGGGCGUGAAGCCAUACAAGUGCGAUAUCUGCCCUGCGGAGUGCAGCAGGGGCGCGGACCUACAGAAGCACAUGCGGACACAUACUGGAGAGAAGCCAUACAAGUGCGUUCUCUGUCCUGCAAUGUUCAGACAGCGCUCAACCUUGUCACGUCACAAGCGGACACACACGGGCGAGAAGCCAUACAAAUGCGAUGUCUGCCACGCAGAGCUCAGCCUGAGAGGGACCCUCCAGCAGCACAAGCGGACACACACGGGUGAUAAGCCAUACAAGUGCGAUGUCUGCCACGCAGAGCUCAGCCUGAGAGGGACCCUCCAGCAGCACAAGCGGACACACACGGGUGAUAAGCCAUACAAGUGCGAUGUCUGCCACGCAGUGUUCAGCCUGAGAGGGACCCUCGAGCAGCACAAGCGGACACACACGGGUGAUAAGCCAUACAAGUGCGAUGUCUGCCACGGAGAGUUCAGCCUGAGAGGGAACCUACAGGAGCACAUGCGGACACACACGAGCGAGAAGCCAUACAAGUGUGAUCUCUGUCCUGCAAUGUACAGACAGCGCGGAGCCUUGUCACGUCAUAAGCGGACACACACGGGUGAGGAGCCAUAAAAUUGCAACCUCUGUUGUGCAGUGUUCAUCCACAGCAGAAACUUGCGGUGCGAUACAAGUGCCGUCUCUGUCCUUCAGAAUAUCACAAGCAGGCACCCUGGAAUGAGAAGCCAUAAAAGAACAUUCUCUGUUCUGCAGACCUGAGGCACAACACAAACCUGCAGUGUAACAAGAAGACCUACGUGGGUGUGAAGCCAUACAAAUGCAACUUCUCUACUGCAGAGUUCAUGUGGAGCAGGAACACACAGAGUUAGAGAAGAAUUUGCUAUAGCUAGUUCAGUCAGAGCACAAAACCUGUGGCUUAACAUGCAGCCAAGACACACUUGUGACGGCAACCAUGCAAGUGCGCAGGGACCAAGUACACUUGAAAAAGUGCCAGUGCAGUGCUGUUGUGUGUCCUGAACCCAGAGACCUGAAGAAGCACAUGCUAAUGCACAGAGAGGUGAAGGCUAUACGGAUGCAAUCUGUCUCCCGCGGUAUUUUACUUGUGUUCGACAUUCUGAAACUCGCACGCAUGAACAGACCGAGGGCAAAAAGAGUUGAGUUGGGUGGUGACACAUGUGAAACGUAAGAAAAAAGAAGAGUGCAGAGAAACAGACAGACUGUGAAGGAACACCCAUACAGUGGCCCUCAUCUGCUAAC